ACAAAUGGCUGUCGUCGGGGGAAGGGGAACCCCGCCAGCUCCCCCGUCGCAUCUCAUCCGCCCGCCACUCCCCCCUGGGCCUGCGCUUAUCCCCGGCGGGCCUCAGGGGCAGGUGCUUAUCCGCCACCCCCAACCGCCUCCCCCGACGAUGUUGCUCCCCGUGGGCGCGGGGAGCAUCGAGGCGAAAUUCGCGGCGCAGCACGGGGAAAUUCAACAGCUUCUGACGGAGAAUCAACGGCUGGCGGCGACGCACGUGGCACUUCGUCAGGAGCUGGCGGCGGCGCAGGGUGAGAUCCAACGGACGAAAGCGACGCUCGCGGCGGUGCAGAUGGAGAAGGAUCAGGCGGUGCGGGGAAUCAUGGAGCAUAAGGCCAAGCUCGAGGCAGACCUAAGAGCUGUCGAGCCUCUGCGCGGGGAGCUGCAUCGUGCGCGCAUGGAGCUGCAGGCGCUGCAGGCGCGGGGGGGGGAGGCGGAGGCGGGGCGCGCGGAGAUGCAGCGGCAGAUGAGCGCGAUGGGCGGCGACAUGCAGCGCAUGCGGAGCGACCUGGAGGGCAUGCGGCAGGAACUGAUGCAGGCCAGGGACGCGGCGGAGAGAGAGAGGCGGGCGGCUAUGGAGGCGGUAGAGCAGCGUGAGAAGGCGGAGAGGACCCUCGAGGCUACUGCACGAGAGGUGGACAGGCUGCGGGGUGUGGUGGGGCAGCAGCAACAACAGCACCAGCAGCAGCACGUGACGCCCCUGGCGGUGUAUGGGCUACCGGAGGACUACAGCGAGCGCCAGCUGGUGGAGCUGUUCCGCACGUACGGCACUGUGGUGGCCGUGCAGGUGGCUCGCGAGGGCACCAGAGAGCUGGGCUACGGCUAUGUCCACCUGGACUCGCCCACAUCAGCGGACAUUGCCACGUCAGCGUUGAACGAGCAUCAACUGGGCAACCGGCGGUUGAGAGUAGAGCGAUACACCGCCCCUGCCUCCGCUGCACAGCCCAAACCAGUCCAAGCCAGCCCGGCUCCUCUCGCCACUGCUGCCGCUGGUGGUAGUGCUUCUGCUUCCCCUGCUCCUGCUCCUGCUGCUGCUGCUGCUUCUGCCGGCGCUGCUGCUGCUGCUGGUAAUGCAGGUGUUGGUGCGGGUGCAGGGAUGGGCGGUGUGCCGGGGCAGUAUCCCGUUGCUGCCUACAACCUCAACCCGCAUCGCUCAUAUCCGUUUCCAUCGAUGGCGGAAGCGGUAGUCAUUGCGCGGAUGCGGAAGAAAGUAGCGGAGGAGCAGACGUCGCUGACUCGCUCGCACAGCCUGCUGGAGGACAAGUUCGGCGCGUAUGAGAGGGCGAACCGUCAGAUGUGGGCUCGCUCCUCGUCCUUCGCUGAUAGUUCCGGCGCUUCUCCAGACGCAAACGGCGCGAAAAUAUCGUCACGAAGUCCUCUCGGCCAAUCGCCGCUUUAUCCUCAUGCUGUAUCCAACUCGUCGCACGAUCACGGUGGGGAGGAAACGGAUGCGGAAGAAGAUUCAAAACGUGGGUUUGGGAGCUACACGGAAAACCACCUGGCGGAGCAGAGGCAAGCAUACCCUUCGAGACAAACAGGAGGUCUUCAGGGGGAAGGCGACGGCAAUAAACAGGUCGAGAUUAGCAGCGGGGGAGAGGGACGUGUGGGGAAUGGUGGCAGAAUCGGCGAGGAGGCAGGCCGAGAUAAUAGGAACGGCAAGACACAGGAGUGCUAUGGGGGAGCAUUUUGGCGACAAAAAAGCGGUAACGCCUGGAAUGGCCUCGACUCCACCUUCCAGUACUUGGGAAAAGGUUGGCUCUGGGGCGAGUCGAGAGAAACCAGUAGGAAUGAAGGAGAUGGGGGCGACGGCUGUGAGGACAGCUAUGGUAAGGAGAGGGGAUGCGAGGAUGCGGCGUGCGGCGCCGGGAGAGGCGGUGGGGAGGUCGAGCCUGCGACGCGCUCGCUGCCGCACAUGGAUUUGAUACGAGAGGACGGCGACGACGAGGAUUUGAUACUAGCGAACGAGCUGGAGGAGAUCGAUAAGGAGGUCGUGCAAGACGUGUUUGACCGCGUGAGCUUCCUGCGGGACCAGGUGCAGCACUACCGCGCGCUGGGCGGGUUCGUGCUGCUGAUGGCGCUGUUCGUGGCAAUGGUGUAUCUGCAGGCCGACUCCUCCCGCACCUUCCAAGUCACCUCCGCCCACUCCGUCCUCAUCCCCUCCAACUUCGCCCCGGAUUCGUCCAACCGCUUCGCAGGAGCGGGCGAGUUCUACUCGUGGCUCAACAACAGCAUCAUUCAGCAAUUCUGGCAAGACCCACCAUGCGGAGACGGCACGUGCGACCAGCCGUUCGAGUUCCCCGCCUUCGGCCGCUUCGGCUGCGAAGCAGACUGCGGCACGUUCCCCAACCUCACCUCCGUCUCAAUCCAUUUCACGACGUCAUUUUCAUCAAAUGAGGCCGUGGCGUUGUCCUCAUGGAACCUGUGCAUGCAGAGCCCCAUCUCGCUCUGCUGGCACGCCCUCCCCCAGCCCUUCCCCGCGCUGCACGCCCAGUUCUCCCUCGCCCUCCACAUCCCCGACGGCCAAUGGGCGCUGCUCAUCACCGCGCCCAUGGGGGGCGUGCAAGGCGUGCUGCAGGCGCAGAAGCCGGGGAUCGCCCGGCUGGGGUCGGGUGGAAGGGGUGUGGCAAUGACGAACAUGGGGUCGUCUAACAGUGUCACCAUUGCCGCGUUUGGCGGGUGCGCGGAUGGCGAGGGGUUUGGAUGGGGGAAUGCGACGGCGGCGGCAGAGGCAGAGGCGCUGGACACGUGCAGAGAGGUGUGUGAAUCCGUGGCAGUGUGCCUGCAGUCCGCUUGUGGGCGGGAGGUGGCAACGAGGGAGGUGGCAGGCGCGUUUGUGGACUGCGUAAAGAUAUGCCGUGCAGCACCAGCCACCAUCCUCCCAUACGACACCAUGUCAUGCUCCCAGAUAGCAGCAGAGGCCACCACCGUCUUUCCCAACUCCAUGUGCACAGGUGCGCAUCCCACUGCCUCUCCAUGUCCUUCCCUUGCCGAUUGUCCUCUCAUCUCAUACUGGACACACUGCCACACCGUUUGCUCUACCGUCCAGGCCGCCAUGCCAGGGCUCUCCUCCUCUGCUGCCGCAACUGCUGACUUGGCAGCAGCCGGAGGAGCGGUGGGAGCGGUGGGGGUGGGAGGGGAGCGCAUGGUGCAGGCAGCUGAUCUAUCGGAAGAGACCCUUGACCUCCCGCAUCUCUCCACCGCUGCCAACGUGUGGACGCUCCUCGGCUCCACGGACGCGCAGCGAAUCAGGAACCUCCAGGUGGCGGUGUCACGCACGCUGUACACGAUGAUAAAGGACUCGUGUCUGGCGGGGCCGUACGCAAUGACGCUCACAGAGAGCUACCGCCGCAAGUUCACCGCCUUCCUCUGCACCAUCUUUGGCGGGCCUGCGGAGAGCCUGGAGCUGUGCCGCUUCCGCAACGCCACGGGAAAUCAGCUGGUGCAGGCAGAGGAGCUCUACAGGCACCUUAAGAAGGUGCACCUGGGGGGCCGCCUGGUGAUAACGUCGCAGCAGCUGCGGCGCUUCAUAGACAUCCUUAUUGCCGCCAUGCAGUCCGUCACCGCGCUCUCCCCCGACGCCCUGGCGGACCUCUCCUCCUUCUUCCACCGCCUCGACCCCGCCAUCGUGAGCGCCACCACCGAGGGGUGCUCGCAGGGCGGCACGUGGCUGCAGUGGCGCGCGGGUGUGAAGCACAACACGACCAUCCAUGUGGGCGACAAGAUCACGUGGGUGUGGGAUGACGACCUCCCGCACUCCCUCAGAAUAUCGGGCAUGGGAGACGGGCCGAAGCCCUUCUUUGAGGGAUUUGGAGGGCACCGCCUGGCGCUGUCGCGGCGCUUCUUCUGCUCGCCCAUGAACGUGGGCGCCAAGGAUGACUAUGACGACCCCGUGCCCUGUGUCGUCAAGCUCGCCUCGGACGUCAACGCCACAUUCACGUACACCAAGGUCUUCACGCGCCCGGGCGUGUACCUCUAUGAGAGCGGCAACGACGUCGGCGAGAUCGGCGAGAUUGGGAGUGCAGGGCCUUCCGCCUCCUCUUCCUCUGCCUCCUCCUCUGCCUCCUCCUCGUCCAUGUCGGGGAUGGUCACCGUACUCGUUCCACCUCCCGAGCCUCAAGCAUGCUCGUUGCAGCUGAUAGCCAACGGGGUGUGCAACCCCGAGUGCAACACGCCCACCUGCGCCUUUGACGGCGGUGACUGCGGGUGCAUCGACCCUGUCUUUGGCGUGGGCUUCUGCACCUGCCCUGCCGGCCAGGCCAGGCGCCACGAUGGAUGUGCGCCCCUCUCCCUCCCUCGCCUUCCUUCCAUACCGCCAUGCUGUGUGUCGGAUGCGGUGGGGGACAAUCUGAGCUAUCCCUUCACGCUGCAGCGCUACGGCCCCAACUUCUGGGAGAGCAACCACGCCUUUGCUGCUGAGAGGGACGCGCCGCUCACCCGCUUUGUGGCAUCGCACAACAGGUUGCUCAUAGGCAUGUUCCUGCGCCAGCACCGCUGGAGCGUCAAGACGUGCCAAAGCUCCGGGUACAGUCACUCAGUCCACUCACUGCGCACCCCUUCCUGCUGCCACCCUUCCGCUUUCCUCGCCAUUCUUCUUGCCCUUCCGCUUUCCUCUCCAUUCUUCUUGCUCUUCCGCUUUCCUCUCCAUUCUUCUUGCCCUUCCGCUUUCCUCUCCAUUCUUCUCGCCCUAUCCCGCACUCGUCGCAAGCGCUCCCGCCGGUUUCCUUUUCUCCUCUCACUCCGCAACCACACCCACCCACCGCCUCGCACCUCCCAACCUCAUCUCACUCGGUUUUCUCCCCGUCUCCAUUGCCUCCCGUUCUCCCCCCCUCUCCUGCGCCCCUGCAGGCUGCAUCACCUGGCGGGGUGGUGCAGCAACGGCACGUCACGGCAGCCCUUUGGGGUGAACCCGCACUACCUGCCCUCCUCCACGCUCUUCAACCCAGUUGCUGCUGCUGCCACUGCCACUGCCACCACCGCUCCCCAGGCGCAGAACGCCUCCUCUCAGGACCAGCUGGUGCUCAACCCGCAGGGUCUGCCUUAUGGCUUCGUGUACCCCGUGGUAGGCUCGCCUUGCCUUGCCUUGCCUUGCCUUGCCGUGCCUUGCCUUGCCUUUGAGGUCAAUCCGGCCUUUGAGGAUGCCAUGAGCCGCCUGCAGUGGAGCCUGGCUGAUGGCUUCAAACUCACCACCUUCCACUCCCUCCCUUCCCCAUGUCCUGAGGAGGAGGAGGGGUACCCGUUGGUGUUUGACGUGAACCUGGCGCUCGAGGACGCCAUGAGCCGCCUGCAGUACCUGGCUGACGGCUUCUAUAUCGACAACGCCACGCGCUCCAUCGAGGUCUCCUUCAUCACCCACAAUGGUGAGCCUAUUUUCAAGCGCGCCUCAGGAAUGAGCCGCCUGCAGUGCCUGGUGGAUGGGCUGUCAAUUGACAAUGCCACGCACUCCAUCGAGGUCUCCUUCAUCACCCACAACGGUAUGACUCUCACUCACCCACCGAGCGCAGUCUGGUGUGUUUUGAGGCGCCUCAAACUACACCUCACGGCCCGGAGUAUGACUCACCCAACAACCGCUAGGCCCGGCCCAGAGUAUGUGCGCUCUCCCGUCUUCUCCCGUCUUCAAUGUUUUAUCGUCUUGUUAUCAUCCUCCUCAUUUCGCGCCCACCCGUCCACCCCGCACCCACCAGGCGAGAGCAGCACGUUUGUCCUCACGAGCGUCACAGCCGAGGUGGACACGGGCGGGGGGCUCGUCACCUCCUUCUCCUCGCUGCCCGUCUCCACCACCCUCUACCCGCCCACCAUCACCUCCGUGUUCCUGCUGCUGCUGCAAGCGGUGUACGUGUUGGCGCUGCUGUGGAACGGGGUGGAGGAGGCGGUGGAGCUGCGGGGGCGCAUGAAGAGAGAGGGGUCUGUUCUCAGCUACUUGCGCUCCGGAUGGAACUGGAUCGACAUGGCCUCGCUGCUCCUGCAGUGGCUCGCUCUCAUCACCUGGCUCGUGCUGUGGCGGGCCACAGAGGCCUUUGACGUGCAGCCGCGCUACGGCAUCUACCACACGCUGCUGGAGAUGCCGCAGUACUGGGCUGUGCCGGACCCGCCAGUGGGGUUCAUGGCAGCCAUGGACAAGUACUCGUCGCUGCAGGCGCUCAUCAACUGGCGCUCCUUCUACUUCGCGCUGCAGGGCGUCAAUCUCUUCUUCCUCAUGGUGCGGCUGCUCAAGCUGAUGGACUUUCAGCCCUAUCUGGGCGUCAUCACACGCUCCCUCGCCCUCGCCAUGCCAUCGCUGCUGCACUUCUUCCUGCUCACAUUCAUCGUCUUCUUCUGCUUCGCUCUCUACGGCUACCUCGUGUUCGGUGGCAAAAUGGAGCAGUUUGCGACGCUGCCGGAAGCGCUGUUCACAUGUUUCCUGAUCAUCCUGAACGAGAACGCCACGGCCUACUUCUUUGCACACAUGCAUGGGUGGGACCUGGUGGCGGGCAUGCUCUUCUUCAUCGCCUUCAUCCUCCUCCUCGUCUUCAUCCUCUUCAACUUCCUCAUCGCUAUCAUCGUCGACGCCUUCAUGACCAUCAAGGACUCGCAUGUGGUGGCGACAUCCAUAACGCACGACAUCGGCACCAUCCUGCGCUACCUCAUCAACCGCUCUCUAGGCCGCUUUUCCCCGUACAGCGAUAUCAUGGGGCGGCUGGAGCAGCUGGGCGCGCGCAACAAGCAGCAGGACGAGGCGCACAAGCGCAUGCAGCGCUACCAGUCGUUCAAGCGCCGCGCCAAGUCCUGCUUUGGUCGUGGGAAGGUCUGUGGGGGGAGUGCUGCAGAGGUGGAGCGAGCCAAGACGAUGGCGGCGGGUGGGGGGGGAGUGGUGGCGCCGCAGAGGGUGCUGCAGGUGAAGGGGCAGAGCAUUGACGACAUCUCCCUCGCCAUGAUCCUGCAGCGCCGCCAUGCCCGGGAGGAUCCGUCAGCUUCCCUGCCCUCCCCAUCAUCCGCGGCGGUGCUGCAAAUCUCUCCCGAGUCAGAGCAGCUGUCGCACGUGCUGCUGCGGCAGUUUGGCGACCACAUGGUGCGCGACUACAGCCGGCCGCAGCACAAGCCCAAGCACGGGCUGCCACAGGUGCAGGAGGAGCUGGGCAAGGUGCGGGAAGUCAUGGACGAGCUUAAAGCCAUGGUGUUCGCGCUGCACUCCGCUGUCACUGCAGGGGCAGGCGGAGGGGGGGUGGGGUUCGGAGGGGAGGGUAUGCUGCCUGCUGCUGCUGCUGGUGUGGCGGGUGCAGGUGGAAGUGCGGCAGGGGGAGCAGGAGGGCAUUACCCGUCGUAUUCCGCGUCGUCGUCGGCAGCAGCAGUGCUGGCGCGCUCUUCAUUCAGCACCACCUCCUCCUUUUCCACCGCCCAAGGCUGCUUCCUCUCCCCCAACUCCCUCGGCACACCCCUUGGCACCUCCCCUGCUAGGGACCCCUUCUCUUCCCCUGCUGCCUCCUCCCUCGCUGCCUCCAGCCCCUUCAUCCGUAACCCAUUCGCUGCUGGUAACCCACUCCUCGCCGGACACCCGUUCGCGACUAAUAACCCGUUUGGCACAGGCAGUCCGCAGCACCGCUCGCUGGUGCUGCAGCGGGGGGCAGCGAGGAGGGCAGGGAGUGCGGGGCGGGCGGGGCUGAGGGGGAGCAUGGGUCCUAGUAACCUGGGGCGGGGGAACCAGGCGAGCAGGCAGGGGAAUGGGCUGAUGCUCUCGCGUGUGGAAACCACCCCGCUGCCCCACCGGCAUAGUCUUGACGGCGCUGCUUCGGGUCGUCAUGGCGGUUCUGGCGCCCAUUCCCGUGCUGAUGGCUCGCAGCAGCUGACUGAUGAGAGUGCCGCUUUCGUUCAUGCCGAUACCAUGCCCAUGCCCCGAACCCGCACCUCUUCGUUCCCGUAUCCUGAACCCGAGCCUCGUGACGCACAGGCAGGUUCGGUGCAGGCUCCUGGGAGCAGUGAUGGAGAGAGUGUGGAUGGGGAUGGCAAGGGGAGUGCAAGCGGUGAGGAGCAGAGUGAGGAGCUGUCGCCUCUGACACAAGCCGCCCGGCGCGUAUCAUUGUCAGAGAUGGAGGAGGAGGGUGGGGGGAGGAUGAGGAAGAGAGGUGGAGAGGGUAGCAAUGGGAGGGGCGCAAGUGGCGCUGGUGGAAGUGGGUCUGUGCGGAAGAGCGUGGGGUUCCGGGAGGUGUGA